CACCCUAGUCGACAUGGGAAAGGAAACCUCAACCAGAGAGGAGCCAAAAGCGCUCGUAAAGCUUGCCAUUGGGAAGAAAUUUCUCUUGCUUGUCCCUCUAUCGCUAUACGCCACAUUUCCUCUCCUACAUCGGCGCGGCUCUUACCUGUCACUCUAUUUCAGCGUUCGUUCUCGAGGCUUGGAUUCGCUCAUCUCGUCUCCGGCUCAGAUCACCGCGAACGCGAUUCUGCGUGGCUUUCUAGAUUGGCGAGGGGUAAGUUAGAACGCAAGAGCAGAGUGAGCGUGUAUCGGGAUGUCCAAGGUUAUUGGAAGUUGGGUUUGGGCUGUGGUCGUAAGUCCAAAAACUUCCAAACAUUGUGUAGAGUUGCGGGGGAGAGCAGAGGGACUCCUAUUAAGAUCAAAUAUGGAUACUGG